UCGUCCAAUUGAAGCGCGGGCUCUGUUAAAUGGGCUUAAAGUGCGGUGGAUUUGAAUUUAAACGGUAGAAGGAGCAGAGUGAAACGGGCGGUGAGAUAGGCAGAGAGUGGGAGGAUUUUAGAUUACAAAUGGAAAAAAGGGUUGCAAGCCAAGGAGGACAUGCUGGAAAGAUGCCAGCCUUGGAUGGUCCAAAACGUGUUGUAGAUUCAAAACACAAUUCUCAGAAUCGACCACCUACAGGGAGUUUGUCAGCGCAACAAAUGGUGUCCACUUCAAACUCAGGCCAGCAAAGUGUACCACUUCAGACACGGAUUCUGUCUGCCAAUUCAGUUCCAAUCAAGCGUCCAGUGUUAACAAAUCAAGUGAAGCAGACAUUGCAAAUGCCUUCUCAAAUGAAACAGACUUGUCAAAAAGAAAGCCAACAAACUUCUGAACUUCCUAAAAGUCAAACCAAUGUACAAGCUGCUGAGGUGUCAAGUGAUGGGAAGACUACGAGUGCAUCAACUGAUUGUCAUAGUGCAAGCGAGAAGAAAAAGAAAAAGCAGUGGUGCUUGGAUGACUUUGAAAUUGGACGCCCACUUGGGAAGGGUAAAUUUGGCAAUGUGUACUUGGCCCGUGAACGACAGUCCAGAUUUAUCCUGGCAUUGAAAGUGCUUUUUAAAUCUCAACUUGAGAAAGCUGGUGUGGAACACCAACUCAGAAGAGAAGUUGAAAUCCAAUCUCAUCUCCGGCAUCCUAAUAUAUUACGGCUGUUUGGCUACUUCCAUGAUGCAUCUAGAGUUUAUUUGAUCCUGGAGUAUGCUCCCCGUGGUGAACUUUAUAAAGAGUUGCAGCGAUGUGGAAAGUUUGAUGAUGGGAGAAGUGCUACGUAUAUAUCUGAGCUGGCUGAUGCACUUGUAUACUGUCAUUCAAAGAAGGUGAUUCAUAGAGACAUUAAGCCAGAGAAUUUAUUACUAGGAGCAAAUGGAGAGUUGAAGAUUGCAGAUUUUGGAUGGUCUGUGCACGCUCCAGCAUCCAGAAGAGCAACAUUGUGUGGUACCCUGGACUAUUUACCACCAGAGAUGAUUGAGGGGAAAAUGCAUGAUGAAAAAGUUGACCUUUGGAGUCUAGGUGUUCUUUGUUAUGAAUUUUUAGUAGGUCACCCUCCAUUUGAAGCAGCAGAUCGUCAGGAAACCUUUCGGAGAAUUUCUAAAGUUGACCUUAAAUUUCCAUCCUUCGUAGUGGAGGGGGCAAAAGAUCUAAUUACUAGGUUGCUGAAGCAUAACCCGAACCAACGGCUACCUUUGAAAGAUGUACUUGAACAUUUUUGGGUAGUCAAGCACUCUGUUAAAUCAGCCUCCCAAAAGAAGGAACCUGCGACACCAUCUGAUCCAAACCUGUAAACCAGGAAGGUGAAGGAAAUGUAUUGAUUUGAGACUUUGCAGUGCAAUAACUAUUUUCUGAGUGCCUGCAGCCACCAUAUUGUCUGGAGUGCUGGAAUCUUGCUUCAUGUCAGCAGAUCACUCAGGCUAAUAGAGAAUUGGUGAAUUCUUAACUUACCUCUUUUUGUACAAUGUCAAAAUGUGAUGUUUAGAAUUCACAAUUUGUUUUCACUAGUGAAUAAAAUAAACAAAACACAACCCAAAUUGUGAAAUUCAGAUUCCCAACUGCAAGCGCAAUGUUGCUUUAGACAUGGAAUUAGAGCCACUUCAAGUUUUGUGCUAAUAACUGAGUUGAAUUUAAACUGUUGUAUUUAAGUGUCAAUCUUGUAAUGCAAUCUAACUUGGAUUAGAGAUCGGAAGGGCAUUUGUGUUGCUUGCAGUGGUUCAGAUGCUAUGAUUCUACUCCCUUGCACCUGGUUAAAAUUGUGGUCUGUUCCUUGGACUAUGUAAAUUGUAUAAAUUAAUUACACUCCAGGUUGUACAAAUAACAUUAUUGAUGUUUAGUAACUUCUUCUGUGAUGUCCUGUUCUGUCCUUGUACUUGAGACAUUGAGGGAGGUAAUCUUUAAACUGCAUGUGUAAAAUACUUUAUCUUGUGACAAAAAAUGUUCAGGAUUGGAUCAAUGAUUACAUAUACACAGGAGUUUUGAUUUGCAUGCAGUUAUUGGAUCACCUAUUUUGUGUAUAUCAAUUUUCCAAUUGAAUGUCUUCUAGUUAGAAGUAUUCCUUUAAAGCUAUGAUUACAGUAUCCAUGAAACUUAUCUUGUCAUACAAUUUAAUAAACAA